CUCACCAGACUAUUGCACGGAACUCGAAAAGCAAGACACACCCGAGGGAGAAACUCUACCGGGUGAUCAGUAGUAGUGAAAACAUCUGAUUGUCGUAGACUCUCUCUGUGAGUGCGCCACUCCACGAGACCUUUCACGGACUCAGUGUAUUUGCUCCACCGAAUAAAUCCUAAUGUGUGUGCUUGUGUGAAAGAAUGUUUCGCUCUUAAUGUAAUCUAUUCAGUAUCGAAUCCUCUUAACAAGUAAAAUUUAUUGAAGACUAGAUUGUUUUCCAAAUAUCUGUUUGGGUCAGUAAAGAAGUCACUAACUCCUCCUUACUGUUGAACAAAAAAUCUCAGUGCGAGUGAAGUUCUGAGUCCGUGAGUAGGUCUAACCUGAGGUGAAGACCAAAUCAAUUCACUCAGUGGAGUUCUAAAGUGAGUUGGUAGCAGAACGAGGUUUAAGAGUAACCUCAAGUGCACCGACCAUCUAUUUAGAAACGCAGAGAUGAGUAACGACUAUGUCAUCGUGGAUUCGGGGGCGAACCUGGCCAACAAAAAAUUUCAACGAGACCUUGACCAGGUGUUAGAUCGCGCAUUAAAUGCGGGUGUUAAGAAACUCGUCGUUCUGAGUAGCUCCGAGAAAUCGGCCCGCGAAGCCCUGCGCCUUACCAGAUUGUACCCGGGAACGCUGUUCUGUGCCGCAGGUCUGCACCCAUUGGAAACCCAGCUCUGGGCUGACGAUAUAAAGGUUGCCUUCAACGAAAUUCUGCCUAAGCCAGAGUGCAUUGGAAUCGGUGUUUGUGGUCUGGACCUUACCAAAUUAGAAGUAGCGUCAUUGAAGCAACAGCUGUCAGUCCUCGAGGCCCAGUUACAAAUGGCACGCGACCUGUCAAAGCCAGUGGUUUUAUUUGAGAAGUCAGGCUCAACCGAGUUACUUCAUUUGCUUAGAACCUACCCUGGUCUUUCGUCCGUUGUUAUACAUGGAUUCGCCGGCUCCGCCCAACAAGCGAAGGAAUACCUGCACAAAGGGUACUUCCUAUCGAUGACGGGAGCGUUGUGGAAGGCUAAGGAGGAGAUGCAGCAAUUGCUCCGCGAUCCUGCUGUCCAAGAGCAACUUUUGCUAGCCUCGGACGCGCCUUUCCUCUUUCCUAACGCCAAAAGCAAACUUAGGAAGAGUCAGGAGGAGGACAAGGAAUCAAUUUUCUCAGAGCUUUCAGAGUCACUUGUUAGGCGGUAUUGCAGCUUUCAGCGUAACGAGCCAUGCAGUCUUGCUUUGACUUGUGAACUCCUCGCAGGCAUUUUGGAUCUGAAACCCAACGAUGUGGCUCUUAAAACUACUUAUAAUGCCCUCAAAGCGUUCAAGCUUCAGUUUUAAAUGGCUUUAACUGUUUGAUCGUUACUCAUUUAGAUUGUGGUAGUUGGCGAUCAUCAGGUCGCUAGAAAUUUUCCGCUAGCGAAAUUGGUGCGUACACGAAGACAAAUUCGUCACCGGAACCUGAAGAACAAAUCAUGUGCAAUUUGAAGCGAUGCUUCCGCUUCUGAGCAGAGCGACAUUACUAACCAGAUAAUAUAACGAGGCGUUGCGUAUAAAGGCUCUCGUCUAACAUGCUCAAAAGAUAGCACGUAAAAAUGGGUUGAAGCACUUUAAAACACAAUAUAUAAUCAUCGUUGUUAUCACGUUGCCGACGGUUGUCGAGUUGUCAUGCCUAGCUCACAAAGGUAAAAAAAGUUGUCUUCGUGAGUUUCUGUAGUUGAUUUAUCUUCCACUCAGCGUAUGUGCAAGCAAGGCAGAAGUAAAGGGAUAGCGUUAAUUUACAAUUCUUCGAUUGUAAUUAUUUGAUCGAUAACCAACUUCUGCCAACAAGCGUUUCUGCUAUAACUUGUGCCCUCUCAACGCACACAGGUGCUUUAAUCUUAAACCAAUGACAACAAUGUUAAGCAUAUGCUCAAUGAAAAAUCAGCUGAUAAUACUGACCUACCUUGGUUCCAUUCUUCACGAACUCAGUGAAACGCUACUCGCAUGGAGCAUGAACGCUAUACCGAAAUGCUGCCAGUGAAAAAUGAAAGUUACUAUCAUAUUCACAGCAUUCAAUAUAACACGAGACCGAAGAAGAUGGCGGGCACCGGAUGAAUUCUACAAAGCAGCCAUGUGCGCAUAAAAACUAGACAAACAUACUUCUUUUUGUGGACGUGUGGCUUAUUUUAAUCAUAAUGGCGAUGAUCAUGACCCCGCAUUCGAAUCAUAUCAAGAGGCGGCGGGUGCACUGAUCUUCAUAAAUAUAGUCCGUGGAAAUGCUUCCGCGAACCUUGUUUGGCGACAGGACGCAAAGGGACGCAAACGUUUGCUAUAUAGUGUCGGAGCUUUAUCUCUCUAUAUAUUAUAUUCAUAUGUUGCCAAACCAAUAUUAAUACUAAAAAUGAUAAAGUGGAAGACCAACUGUUCAGCAGUCAAAGGAAUCAGCGACAUGAUUUCGUAUCCAGUUUUAGACGUACGGUUUAAUCAAGCACACAAUACAUAACGGUGCAAUUCAACGACGUGUAGUCAAACUACGUAUUCAAAUCGGUAAACAAUACCGGGCAAUAAUGAAAGCGAAGAGAAGCACACCCUGAGAUGAUUGUGACGCGUAAACUACUUAUACAUGCGUAUGUUAGGAGCACCCUAUCAAACACACAAUAACAAUCGUAGUAAUAACACAAGGUAAUUUUCAGUACAGUGCAGUAAAACAGAAGAAAAAAAGGGAGAGGUGCACAACUAAGAUGACAAUAUUGGCACCACUAAACGCGCUGAAGAAAGAUGAAGAACGAAAAACGCGUUGAUAAAGAUUCUCAGGGGACAACUCUUGCGGAUUGGUGUUGUUUUUGUUGUUAAAAUAGUUACAGCUUAUCGUGUUUUCGUAGCUAUUUAGUGAUAAUGUUUAUUAUUUAAAAAGUGUAGUUGCGCGGCAAUAUACAACUGACAUAAAGAAAGGGAUCAACCAGUUAACACUGAUCCAAGAAGAAGAAUACGAGCAGUCUCCAAAAAAAAUAGGUUGAGACUAACAUUGCACCAAGAGCAAAGCUAAAACUUUUCUACGCAACUGAGAAGUCUUACGUAAUAUAGUAUGAGUUGCCAAACCUUCCCUUUUACUAUUAUUAUUAUUAUGGUUAUGGAUAUAAUAAGGUGGUCACUUUGACCCAAUUUGUAAAGUUGUGUAGUAUCAUCGAUGUGCUUAUACAAUACAAAAAUCUAUAAAUAAUAUAAGAACCAUUAUACGAAUAUAAAAAAAUAAAUAUUUAGAAAAUAUUUUUGACGAUGACUAAGCGAGUUUUUAAUAACAACAACAAAAACAACUGAAUGAAUAUAAGGAUCUGAUCCUUUCCACGGUACGGUAAAAUGAAGCACAUAUAAACACGUUACAAAAAGCUAUCUUUGAUAUACCAUAAAUGCGUAUAAAAAAAAACGACGGCAUUCUGUUUUUCACUCGGUAAACGCAAUGUGCGACUCAAAUCGAGCUCAAGCCAAUUAUUUGUUACGUUAAUAACUAUUGAAAUAGUAGCAUUACACAGUUAAUAAAUGAAGACGCCGGGCGGAUCCAUGGGAAAUAACUUUUAUUGAAUAGUUUAACUAUCUGUUUUUUUUUAAGUUUGUAUCACAUCUACAUUUUUAUUCAGGUUGUAACCUCGCCUAAACAUUUCAUUUUCGUCACCACUGUUGCCGAAAACUAAUAGUAAGAAAAAUAAUGAUAUAAUAAUAUUCUCGUCAGACAGUAUUGCGUCCUUUCUUGCAUGACUCUUUAAGAUUUUAUGUACGCAAGAACACGUGCAGGGAAGCUGAUUUCAGUACACUAUUUGACUGUUCCCGAUGACCAUGUGAAUUUCAUAAAGCAUAUGUGAAACAUGUUGCUGACACACAUGACUACCUUGCUUACAUCUAUAUAGAACUAGUUACAGUAAAAUUUGCAAUAUGACAAACCUUUAGAGAUACCUAAGAUUAUUUUCAAGAACAUUUAAGAAACUUAUUAAAAUGAAGUUGAGAUUUUUAGAAUCUCUAUACCUAUAAGUUCACACAUAAAUCUACGCUUUCCUUCCUUCUAUUUUCCCAUAGAAACCGCAACCUAAAAUUUUAUUUCUUAGUUAAUUAAAAGGCAAACUUAAUAAUACAAAUUAUAUUCCAUUAGAGAUUUUUACUUAAUUGACUAUGCUUCUUAAAAGCUUUCAAGUAGGUCAUUGCUUGUCACGUGAAUGUGUACGCGGUAUAAUAUCGAAAUAGGAAAUGAUAAAGUUGUGCAGUGGAAAUCAGGCUCGUGAUAUUGGCAAGAUACAAGACACACUCGUGUUAUGUUCACCCAUUGAUAUCAAGUUAAUAAAAAUAAGUUGAUUAUGCACAUCUUCACUGUCCGCAAACAUACAGCCAGGUUAUAACCCUCUUAACAAACGAUAAAUAUAAUCUCUCAUGCUUACCCACAGAGUACCUGUUUUUUUUUGCGUGUCAGUAAUAUCUUUACAAAUUCUGGGUUAUUAUUUACGCACAGCGUGUAUUACGUA